CGGGACGAUCGUGCCUACCGGUGGCGAGCAGGAUUCUUCGCACGAGCAGGCUGACCAGCUGCUGGCACAGCAGCUGAACACAUUUCAGCGUGUCGCUGAGUUGUGCAACACGGUCAUGGACCGCAUGGGCACUCGGGCCGGCGAAGCACAGCUCCUACCUCCGGCCACGCUACCCACGUACACGGGUUACGACGAACCGAAAUCUGUGGCGGACUUCCUAGAGGAAAUAGACAGGUAUGUCAGAGCGACCGGUGCCUCGGAAGCGCACGUGAUGGCUCGAAUCCGGCCGUUGGCUUUACGGGCUGCCGCAGGACGGUGGUGGAGGCUACAAACGCCUUUCACCACAAGGGCAGAAUUUGAACAGCGCUUCCGAGAGGAAUUUCUGCCCCCUGGGUACGAGCUGCGAGUCCAGCGUGAGCUCGAACUAAGAACCCAGCAUCCGGACGAAAGUUUGCUCGAGUACGUCCGGACGAUGCAGGAACUGCAUCGCCGAGCAGCACCGACUGCCUCGGAAAGGGACCAAGUAGCUCGGGUCAUUCGACAGAGUCAUCCCAGAUUCAGGCCAUUUCUUUAUGGGCGCACAUUCGAAACCCUUGAGCACCUCGCACGGGAGGCCCGCGGUGUACAAGACGCCCUGUUAGCUGAGAGCACUUACGUGCCACCGCCAGCGCCGCAAUCUGCUCUUGAGCCGUCACUAGCUUGGCGCGCCCCCGUAGCCAGUCCCUCAUGCGACCUGACGAGCCCAGGCGCAUUCACGGCUAUCUCCUCCCGCGCCCUGGACCCCUUCGCACACGAGGGGCUCACACUCGACUUUCCUGCAAGAGGCUACCGCCUUCACGGACAGUCCGAGACAACACCCUUUGCGGAGAAGAAAGACUUCGUGCCUGUAUCAAGACACGCGGAAGGCGUAGCAGCCACGCACACCACCCUGCCACAGACGCCAGCGAUUACGGACUUGGCGCAGUACUUUUACAGGAAUGCGCAGGUGAUUUGA